AAUACAAUUUUUGUAUUUGCAUUGCUUUUUUCCAAAUUUUAUGUUUUUCCUGUGUUCGAUAUGGUUAAUUUCUUGAUGAAGCCGGCAUGUGUAUUCAUAAUGCUCCAGACGGCGGCCAUCAUAUCGAUGAUGGAUCUGGAAUUCAAAAUUGUGAAGCCACCUUGUAGAUCCUGCCACAAGCCAGAAGCUGUAGUGCGCUUAAACUUCGAUACACAUGAAGUGCUACAGAGUCCUCUGUAUUCUCUAUGCGCACUGAGCUUAGUUUUCUACGGAUAUGGAGUCGUGUAUCUGCGGACAGAUGCGCCUUUGAAGGGCUUUGUGCUACGGCUAUGCAGCGCCAGUGUGCUGCUGUGGCGUAAGCUCAGUCCCAUAAUGAUCCUGCCAUGGCUAAUGAUGGUGGGUAAUGGCAUAUUACCGUAUCCCGAACGCCUCUGGAAUUGCAUUUCAAUGGAACACGAAGGAGAGAUCAAUAACUUUCAUUGCAUGGCCUUUGCCGCCAUUUCCUUUUGGAUCUUCUCAAUGUUUGCGAUAGUUUGGACUUUUCGCAUGGUUAUCAAGACAAACCAAAGACUGCUCUUCUCCACACGGCUCGAAACAGACGCAACAUCUGAGCUACGCGCCUACAUACGGGCAAUAAACGAAUCAUUCGGCUUUGAAUUGGUUGUCAUCGAUACUUAAGCAAUGCUCAAGAGAUAUUUAUGGACAAUUUUUACAAAUUAAAUCAUUAAAGAUCGCCCAGAUA